AUGUUCAAAAGGAGCAAGCCUUCUGUUACAGAUAGAAAGAAGGAAUUAUUUACCCAUGGAAGUACACAGCCCAUGCUGAAGAAUGACAUGAAGAAUUUUCAUUCCUUGUCACAACUUGUACUCUCUGCUGGUGCACUGAAAUCAACUCCAGCAGUCAAACAUUCGAAAACUACUUACUUUGAGAUAGAAAUCCUUGAUGCCCAAACCAGAAAGCAGAUAUGUAUUGUGGACAAGGUGUCUCCAACAUCUACACUCCGUGACGUUAAACAAAAAUUUAAUAAAACAUGUCCCCAGUGGUACCCUUCCCGUGUUGGCCUUCAAUUUGAACGUGGUGGGCCCUUUCUGAAAGAUUAUGUUAACAUUCAAAGCAUUGCAACUUCUUCCAUUGUUACAUUAUAUUUCACAGAUCUAGGUCAGCAAGUCAGUUGGACAACAGUUUUUCUGGCUGAAUAUGCUGGACCUCUGCUAAUCUACCUUCUCUUUUACAUGCGGCUGACAUAUAUUUAUGAUGCAAAGGAGAGUACCAGAAGAUUGCGCCACCCAGUGGUACACUUGGCCUGUUUCUGCCACUGUUUACACUAUGCCCGCUAUCUUCUAGAAACAUUAUUUGUUCAUAAGCUUUCUGGAGAACACACACCUCUGAAAAAUUUGAUAAAGGGAUGUGCCUUUUACUGGGGAUUCACCUCUUGGAUUGCAUACUACAUUAAUCACCCUCGGUACACACCACCAUCAUAUGGAAACAGGCAAAUCACAGUUUCUGUCCUCAAUUUUUUGAUUUGUGAAGCUGGGAACCAUUUUAUCAAUGUAGUAUUAGCUCAUCCAAAUCAUACAGGAAAUAAUGCUUGUUUCCCAAGUCCAACUUACAACCCUUUCACAUGGUUGUUUAUGUUGGUUUCCUGUCCUAACUAUACCUAUGAGAUUGGGUCAUGGAUUAGUUUCACAGUUAUGACACAAACACUGCCAGUUGGAAUUUUUACACUCCUGAUGAGUAUCCAGAUGUCACUGUGGGCACAAAAGAAGCAUAAAGUGUACCUGAAGAAAUUUGAUUCUUAUGUGUAUAGGAAAUCAGCAAUGAUUCCAUUUAUUUUGUAA